AUGAACGAAACUUUCGUGAGCUCCCCGGGCGCGAAACUCUUCCUAAAUGCUACAGAAACCUGUCCAUAUGACACGACCACGACGGAAACCACGACGCCAACUACCACUCCCAUUCCCUCGACCCCCACCACCACCACCACCACCACAACAACGGAAGCUCCGUCGGGCGCUCUGUCGGCGGGAGUUAUCGCAGCCAUUGUCAUCAUCAUCAUCCUCAUCGUCCUGAUCAUCAUCGUCGCAAUCGUCUACUACUACUACAGGAAGCGACAGCAGCAGAAACAGGCCGAAUGGGAGGCCCUAAACCGUAAGGUUGAUCCGGAUGAGCUGUCUCCGAACAUGCGCCUAGGCCUGCCGGACGAGUCACGUUAUGACCUUGACCGCUUGAUGUACUCGCCAGACAGCAACACGAAGAACAGCUUCGCUAAUAAAAAAUCCAAGAAGGACAUGCUUGUGGAUAGGCUAGAGAAUUACAAUGAGGAUAGAUUGUAUGCGGAUGAGAAUGAAAGACAAUCAGCUAUCGAUGCCAGCUUGUUUGUUGAGAAGCGGAAACGGACAGACAAGAAGGACGAGUACAGUAUAGCGAAACCAGAGAACAAGGUCUUUUCGGACAGGAUCGUGGGAUUGUCCAAGGGCCGGAAGAAGCGGGUCAAGAGGUCGGCCUUGGCCAAGCUGAAGUUCAAGCCCAAAGCCAGGCCAGCCAAGGGUACCCCCGGAAGCCCAACGGGUACCGACGACGGCGGCCGAGGCACGCACACCAAGGACAUCGUCAUUCAGGUGGAGGAGGCAGAAGGGGAUCCCAAGCGGAAGACGCGCUUUGCGGACGAGAUGCAAAACGCCGACGGGGCCGACGGGAGUGCCGCUGCUAAGACUAAGGAUGGUCAGGAUCUGAAUGCUAAUGACGUGAAGCCUUUGGACCAGAUAGAGACUUUGAGUGACAUUGCUGAUAAUGAAAAUGCAGUAGGUGAUCUUUCGGACGAUGAACCGCGUUUGAUCCUUCCUAAUUUAAGACCAGUCAAAAAGUCUAAGAGCAAACGAGCGAGAGAUCGAUCUUCUCACGUCCCGAACCCUCAAUCCUCAUCGAUGCCACAACGUACUAGGUUCACCCCAGCUAUACUCACGCGCUCGCCCACCGCACUUGAAGAAGAAUUCUCCGCGCCCAUGCCCACAAUGCCCCCUGCCUCCACCAUGCACCCCCUCGUGCGAAUCCACCGAAAGGAGAAUCCGCGGGCGUGGAAGGACGCUCUUGGGGACAAGGCGAACGGUAUGGAGAGUAUGAACAUGGAUACAGCGAAGCGACAGCUGUCGGAAAACAGGCUCAAGAGACUGCUAGAGGAGCUGUAUACGGACAAAAAGUACUUCGACUAUGUAAAGAAAACAACUACGGAUACGGAACAAAAUCUAAUGCAAUCUGCAGAUAAGAGUUUGGAUUUCCUCUACGGACGGGCUAUGUUCUGGGAAGAGAAAGAGCCCAUUCCCGAGCGGCCUCCGUCGCACGUGAAACGCAUGUUUUCUCGAUACGAACCUUCAAAGUCUCCAACGAAGUCUCUCCAGCGCAGCGCCACUAUCCUCUCGCGGAACGGGAUAUCGCGCAACUCCGUACAUCGCGCGCCAAGCACGAGCCUGGCGACACGGACGCCGUCAACGCGUAAGGCAACGCGGACACCGUCUUUGCGCCAGAACCUCCGGACGCCGUCCACCCAGGUCAGUCGUCUUAAGAAACGAGAGCAACUUGACAAGAAAAAGAAAGAAAAUCUGAAUAAUGCGAGCAAGAAAACCUCAAAAUAUUUAGAAGACAGCACCCAAACGGAUUUCUCUCCUAUCCCUUCAAUAACUCCAGUUGAAGGAAUGGCAAUCGAAGGAAAUCUUGAAGCAUUUGACACGAUGUCGCUACCGCGCAGUCCGGGGAUUCAGAUAGACCGACUAUCGCCGGUUAUGCCAUUGCAGAGGGAAGUCACGCGCGCCGACAUCCAGCUCGAAGAAUACGACGGACAGGAAGCGGAAUACGACGACCUUAACCGUGAUUUGCGGUAUGAUAAUCAACAUAUUGACGAAGGUCCAAACGCUGUUUCUGCUGUGUAGCGCUGCGAUGUUUAGAGGUGCGCCGUAAAGUGUUUUUAGGCAGGGGUUCGUAUUUGUAAGAAUUUUAAGUUCAAUAUUAACGACAGAUACUAUGACAGUAAAAAAGAGCUUGAAUAUUUAAACGAAUUAAAAAAAAUAUUUAUCAAAUUGAAGAGUAAAAGUGAAUUUGAAUGCCAAUAAGUGUUAUAAUAUUUUGUGCUAAUAAAAAAUAACUCAGUUUACUGAUUAACUUUGUGGAUAUGGGCGACCUACUUCUUCUUUUACAUUUAUGAAUGCUAAUUUUGAAUAAGUGUUUGACAACGAAUGUUUGUUGAUUAAUUGAAAUUUAUUUCAUAUGGUUAAAUAUUUAUUGACUAUUUGUUAUAUAAAUGUAUUUUUGAUGAUAUCGAUUAUGUAAGUGUUUAAUGUAUUUUUCAUGAAUAUAUGUCACGUGUCGUAUUCAA